GUGUGUGUGUAUAUAUAAACUCCCCUAUCUCCCUCUUCGGAGCAGCAGCGUGUCCGUGUGUGUGGGGUUUUUAGCAAACGCACACAUAAACACUCUGACAAUCCACUGUUUACAUUCGGUGUCCGGUUACCUGCCAGCGGAUCCACAGCAUUGACUGACCGCGACAGAGCACCAGCAUGAUGUUGAGGUACACGGUAGUCCGAGGUGGCCUCGGCCUCCUGGCUGUGAGGAGGGCGUGUCUCUCCCCCCGCUUCAGCCACUCUGCCCCGCGGAGCGAGUAUCGACCAAUCAAGAAAGUCAUGGUGGCCAAUAGAGGUGAAAUCGCCAUCCGUGUGUUCAGAGCCUGCACUGAACUGGGGAUUCGAACCGUGGCUGUCUACUCCGAGCAAGACAUCGGACAAAUGCACAGGCAGAAGGCGGACGAGGCUUACCUGAUUGGAAAAGGUCUGCCACCUGUUGCGGCAUACCUGGACAUUCCCAACAUCAUCCAAGUAGCCAAGGACAACAAUGUGGACGCCAUCCACCCAGGCUACGGUUUCCUCUCUGAGCGGGCAGACUUUGCCCAGGCCUGCUCGGACGCGGGGGUGAGGUUUAUUGGACCAAGCCCAGAAACGGUGCGCAAGAUGGGAGACAAGGUGGAGGCUCGGUCCCUGGCCAUCAGUGCAGGUGUACCUGUGGUUCCUGGAACAAAUGCCCCCAUCUCCUGCCUGCAGGAUGCGCAGGUGUUCGCCGAAACAUACGGCUUCCCCAUCAUCUUUAAAGCAGCCUACGGAGGAGGCGGUCGUGGCAUGAGGGUGGUCAAAGAGUACGAGGAACUUGAGGAGAAUUACCAGCGGGCCUACUCUGAAGCCCUGACGGCUUUUGGGAAUGGAUCCCUGUUUGUUGAGAAGUUUAUUGAGAAGCCAAGACACAUUGAAGUACAGAUCCUCGGCGAUAAAUACGGUAAUGUCAUCCACCUCUACGAGAGAGACUGCUCCAUUCAGCGCAGGCAUCAAAAGGUGGUGGAGAUUGCACCGGCUUUCCAACUGGACCCUCAUCUGAGAAAUCGACUUCACGCUGAUGCUGUCAACCUAGCCAAACAGGUUGGCUACGAGAACGCGGGGACCGUGGAGUUCCUGGUUGACAGACACAACAAACACUACUUCAUUGAGGUCAACUCUCGACUCCAGGUGGAGCACACGGUGACCGAAGAAAUCACUGAUGUGGACCUGGUCCAUGCCCAGCUGCAUGUGUGUGAGGGCCGCAGCCUGCCAGAACUGGGCCUCAAGCAAGACAAGAUCAGGGUGAACGGCUGCGCGAUCCAGUGCAGAGUGACGACCGAAGAUCCGGCCAGAGGCUUCCAACCAGACACAGGAAGGAUUGAGGUCUUCCGAAGCGGCGAGGGCAUGGGCAUCCGUCUGGACAGUGCCUCGGCCUUCCAGGGUGCCGUCAUCUCGCCCCACUAUGACUCCCUGUUGGUGAAAGUCAUCGCCAGUGGGAAGGACCUGCAGACGGCAGCUUCCAAGAUGAGUCGAGCCCUGGCCGAGUUCAGAGUGCGAGGGGUCAAGACCAACAUCCCGUUCCUCCAGAAUGUUUUCAACAACCACCAGUUCCUCCACUCCACCGUGGACACCCAGUUCAUCGACGAGAACCAGGAACUCUUCAACCUCAAACCCACCCAGAACCGAGCCCAGAAGCUACUGCACUACCUUGGUCAUGUGAUGGUAAAUGGACCAACCACACCCAUCCCCGUCAAGGCCAAGCCCUCCUCCAUAGACCCUGUCAUCCCUCCUGGCACCAUGGGCGACCCUCCAAUAGGUUUCCGGGAUGUGUUGCUGCGUGACGGUCCUGAGGGAUUUGCCAAGGCCGUCCGUGCCCACCAAGGCCUGUUGCUAAUGGAUACCACCUUCAGGGAUGCCCACCAAUCGCUCCUGGCAACUAGGGUUCGGACCCACGACCUGAAGAAGAUCUCGCCGUUCGUCAGUCACAACUUCAGCAACCUUUUCAGCCUGGAGAACUGGGGAGGUGCUACCUUUGAUGUGGCCAUGCGUUUCCUGUCAGAAUGUCCAUGGAAGAGACUUCAGGAGCUGAGAGCUUUGGUACCAAAUGUUCCUUUCCAGAUGCUGCUGCGAGGGGCCAACGCUGUGGGCUACACCAACUACCCUGACAACGCUGUCUUUAAGUUCUGCGAGGUGGCCAAGGAGAACGGCAUGGACAUCUUCCGCGUGUUCGAUUCCCUGAACUACCUGCCGAACAUGCUGCUGGGCAUGGAGGCUGCUGGAGCAGCAGGUGGCGUGGUGGAGGCUGCCAUCUCGUACACAGGCGACGUCUCUGACCCAAUGAGGCAGAAGUACUCUCUGGACUACUACAUGAACCUGGCAGACGAGCUUGUCAAAGCCGGAACCCACAUCCUCUGUAUCAAGGAUAUGGCCGGUCUUCUGAAGCCACAGUCCAGCAAGCUACUGAUUGGCUCUCUGAGGGACCGUUUCCCAGAUGUGCCCAUCCAUGUUCACACCCACGACACAGCUGGCGCUGGUGUAGCCGCCAUGUUGGCCUGUGCUGAGGCUGGAGCUGACGUAGUGGAUGUGGCGGUCGACUCUAUGGCCGGGAUGACCUCUCAGCCCAGCAUGGGAGCCAUGGUGGCCUGCACCAAGGGGACCAAGCUUGACACCGGCAUUGCUCUGGAGAAGGUAUUUGACUACAGUGAAUAUUGGGAAGUAGCCAGAGGCCUGUACGCUCCAUUCGACUGCACUGCCACCAUGAAAUCUGGCAACGCUGAUGUCUAUGAGAACGAGAUACCCGGAGGACAGUACACCAACCUUCACUUCCAGGCUCACAGCAUGGGACUCGGAAACAAGUUCAAAGAGGUGAAGAAGGCCUAUACGGAAGCCAACAAACUACUAGGGGACCUCAUUAAGGUGACACCAUCCUCAAAGAUUGUGGGUGACUUGGCCCAGUUCAUGGUGCAGAACAACCUGACCAGGGCAGAAGUGGAGGAACGGGCGGAUGAGUUGUCCUUCCCCCUGUCUGUGGUCGAGUUCCUGCAGGGAUACAUUGGGAUACCACAUGGAGGAUUCCCAGAGCCGUUCAGAUCUAAGGUGCUGAAGUCCCUCUCUCGUAUCGAGGGUCGUCCCGGCGCUUCUCUGCCACCCAUGGACUUCAAAGCCCUGGAAGAGGGGCUCCGAUCUGCACACGGUGAUGAGAUCACCCCUGAGGAUGUGAUGUCAGCAGCCAUGUACCCGAAGGUGUUCCAGGAGUUCAAGGACUUCACUGCUAACUUUGGUCCGGUGGACUGUCUCAGCACCAGGCUGUUCCUAGAUGGACCCAAGAUCGCCGAGGAGUUUGAGGUGGAGCUGGAGAGGGGGAAGAUCCUCCACAUCAAGGCGCUGGCACUGGGUGACCUGAACAAGGCAGGCCAGAGAGAGGUGUUCUUUGAGCUGAAUGGGCAGCUGAGAUCGGUCCUGGUUAAAGACACCGUCGCCAUGAAGGAAAUGAAGUUCCAUCCUAAGGCUCAGAAGUCUAUCAAGGGUCAGGUGGGAGCACCCAUGCCUGGAAAAGUCCUGGAGGUCAAAGUGGAAGUGGGAUCCAAGGUGGAGAAGGGCCAGCCGCUGUGUGUCCUUUCGGCCAUGAAGAUGGAGACGGUGGUCAACUCCCCGGUGGCCGGUACCAUUAAGGCUGUUCAUGUCACGGCUGACUCCUCCCUGGAGGGAGAUGACCUGAUACUGGAAAUCGAGGAGUAGAGUGAGAGGGCGGAGGGAGGGAGGGGGGAGUAGUAGUCAUAGUAGGGAGUUAAAUCAUCUGAUUCUGUAAAUGGUGAGUUGGAGGAGUAGGGAAGGUUAAAAGAGGAGGAAAAAAACAGGAAUCCUUUUCGUUAAAGACGACUCCUAUUUUUGGCAAGACAUGUUUGCCCCUGAUUUGUACAUACUGAUGGUUACAGAGGGGAAACAUUAUGAAGCACAGCUCCACACAUAUCCAGACACCAGAGGGUGUAAAUAGAAGUUAAUGUGAUAAUCCUCAAUAAUGUGUUCAUUUGAUGGUAAUCCUUAUUGAAUUGUACCACUAAUCUCCCAAAAGGGAAGUUAUUCCCAUAGAUCUGGUGAUUAGGUCUAAAAUCAGUACAUCUCAAUACAUAUCUUAAUGUCCUGUCAACUUGUGAAAAAUAAGAUUUUUUAGAAAGACAUUAUACAUAUUAAUGGUGAUACAUUCCAUUACUUAAGUGCUAGUCUUAAAUGUGAUGUACUACAAAAUAACAAUGUGUAACAGUAACAGGGCCCUAACAUCUACUUGCAAUUAAAUGCCACAAUUUCCAUUUCUAUGCUGUUGAUGUUGCCUCAUAUAUUCAAAGUGAGUAGGUGAGACUUUAUAUUAAUGACUACUAAAUGUUUUUCCUAGGAGCCAGUGGGAGCUCAGACAAAGAAGGAUAGAUUUGAUGUCUUACCAAAUCAUUUUAUCAUAUAGGAGAAAUAUUUUCAUUUUUUAGAAUGCUCGCCUUUCCAUACAUUAUCGAUCUGACAUUAGUCACAGGGGAGUGGUAGCAAUUUCGUUAGUAAAAAAAAUAUAUAUAUUGUUUUUGGAAAGACAGCAAAGCACACUGGGGUUUACAGAGGGGCUGAAGGAAAGAAAUCACACUAUUUUGUCCAACCUCUUUUAGAUAUGUAUGUGAUAAAACUUUUCACAAUAAGAGAAGCACAACAAAGCAAGUGGCACUGUUUGAGGGUUGACGGGAACACAAAUAUUCACGCCAGAGACGUCCAAUGUUGCACCAAAGUGAAAGAUGUCUUCUGUUACUGUAUCAGUAAAAGUAGAUGGUUUAUUUUUUUAAAGAUCUGUCCUGAUGUUGAAAAUGUUUUCCCAUGCACACCUUUCUUUAAAAUCCCAAAGCCAUAAGCAGGCUAUAGAGAAGCUUUAGGCCAGGUUGGAAACACCCAAAUAGGAUUAGGGAUGUGAUUUUUGCCCGACCAAACAAUUGAGCUCUAUCCGCUAAAUCUUUUUAGAGGCCUAAAGCCAAUAGAGUCUUAAGACGGCAUUUUAGGCCUUUUUUUAGUCUCUGGUUUAAUAUUGUAAUGUUGGAAAAAUUGUCAGAGGAGCAUCUCCACCCCUCCUUUUCUAAACCAGGCAUAGCUUAUGGCGAAUGGUCUUCUUGACUUCAUGGGGAUUUUAAUGCUAGGUGUAAAUGGGAUUACAUGAAGGCAUGUGGUGUUAUUUUCUAAGUCUCUGCUGAUUAAAUAUAUGAAUUAAUUAUCUGUCAAAUGAUGUGAAAUUAGCCGGACUAAUAAGAGACUCUGGAGACUCCCAGUAGCAGCACUCGGCUUUGUUUCUAAUGCGCGUGUGUGUUUGCAUAAAUGAGUCAUAAGUGUGUGGGUGUGUGUGCCAGUGUGUAUGUGUGUGUUAGCAAAUUUUAAGACCAAGAGUCAACCAGUAUCCAUAAUGUUGCACCUCCUGAGCUGAAACCACAUUCUAAAAGAAAUGAUGUAUUCAUACACACGCAUUGAUGCAAAAAAUAUUCACGCUAACACUCCCAGCCCCCGAGUGCCGCCAGGAUAAAAAGAAAAACCAAGUACAACUCACAGUGGUAUGGCUACAUCUCCAUAGUAACGCUGUAUACUAAAAAUUGAACAGCGAUGCAGCAACGAGGGUACUCAGCUACCAGAUGAUGUGAGUGAAUUAAACUUACAAGAUUCAACUGUGUUUUAACUCAGUUUUCCACUAAUGUCUGGCCUUUUAAUGAUUUGAAGGUCUUGAACCUGAAAGUGAUCUAUGCUGAAUUGAAUGUUUACCCCGACCAGUGAAAGUAGACAGUGGACCGAAAAAAAGAGACCACAAAUCAAUUACAGUAGGAAAAGUGUCACAGCAUUAAAUGGUUGGGACAGCGAGCCAGAAAAGACACUGAAACAGCUUACUAUUCCAAAACACCUGUGUAGCUUUGGCGGAAAACAUCUAUCGGAACACAGAAAUGAAGUUUGUACUUGCAUCUUUGUCCAAUCACUUCUGAGAAUUAGUCCCCUUUUGAACUAUGCGUCAAUACUGAGCAGUGAUGCUGUCGUUAAUUAGAACACCGAUAAGUCUCUUCACUCUCCCCAACCCACUGCCAUGCCUCUAUGCACCUCUUGGCUUUAUCAAUCUGUAUCUGAAAUCUUUUAAAAGAGAUGGAGACGAAAUGGUGAAAAUGAAUGAAUGAGUGUUUUCGACAAGCUGUUGCACACUAAUGUAAAGUUCCCUCCUCCUCUCUUUACGACUCCCCUCGUUUAUCUGCUUUUCCUGCGCUAAUCCAUCUAUUCAACCAUCUUUCAUCAUGUUUUCCACUCCAUCCCCCUCUUCCUCCUCUCAACAGUGUACAUUUUCACAUGUAAGAUGAUGGCAUCUAAUCAUGCAAUAAUGUAAACUUUAUCGCAGUGUUUCUCUGUCUUUUCUCUGUCUUAGCCAGCACUAAUCUACCAUAUUUAUGACAAUGUACUACUGUUUAGUGUCAGGGGAAGUAAACAUAGCGGGAAAAUGUUAUUUGUUUCAGAAAAGGGGAUAAAACAUUGACCUAUUCUUGAGCUCACAAUAUCAAAAUGUGAACUAUUGCAGAGUAUGAAAAUAGGAUCUGUUUAAUUUCUUUUUUCAUUCAAUUGCUUUCCAUUGUGUAUUUUUAUGAAACCAAACAAACUGUUUAUUUACUCCCUCAGUAGAGCAGGCAUGACAGAUUCAGAAUGUCUCCCUAGAAUUUCUAUCAAAAUGUUCACUAGUGGUACAUUUUUUUUUUUUAUUUCCUUAUUUCUAAAUCAUCCUAGUUGUGAAUUCUACAUUUAGGUUCAUCGUUUUCGUUUAUUAAAGUAAUUUACAUGUUUCUGAGAAUGUAUGUUUAAGUCCUAGGAAAGACUGAGCUGGAGCGCACAAAAAGGGAAACCAAUAAUAUAACAGCGAUAAUUGUUCUUGUUCUGUCUGUACUUACAAAUAAAGUUAACUAUAGCU